UCGUUGCAUCUGGCAAAUCAGUACAUGCCUGUUCGUCUGCCUCGAGCGCUCCUCCUCCUCUGUCUCUCACUUCUGAUCGUGGGAAGGCGCUGCCCCCGUGGAUCGUGGCGAUCGCAUUGAUCGUCGCUGGCGAGGAUGGCGGAGCCCCGCCGGCGUGCUCCUGGAGAUGCAGCCCCUCCUUACGAUGCUUUUGAUGGUCUUUUCUCGGUUGAGAUACAUCACAAAGGUUUCUUUUGUGGAACUGACAACAACAACACCUACAUGGAUUAUGAAGUUGCAUGGUUUGACAACUGUGACAGUGAUACAUGGUCCUUGUUAUGGAUUGAUGACUUUUUGCAGCAGCUAGGUUAUGACAGAGAUUGUUUGAAGCUUGAUGUGUACUGGUGUCAGCCUGGAAAGACAUUGGUUGAUGGGCUAAGAAAUUUGACAUGUGAUGCAGAUAUCCUUGCAAUGAUAGCAGCAACUACAGAGCACAAGAACUUGUUGCUGAUUGUAGACCAUGGAGAGAGACUUGACAGUGCUCUCAGAGAUGAUAUUUUACUUGAUGGAGUUCCUGUACUUUCAAAGGUCAUUACUCCAGGAAAAGAAAGCAAGGGAAAAGAGCAAUAUAGCUGCCCCGAGGAGAGAAGUGUGCCAAAUAAGAGGAGGUCUAGGAGGUUAUUUGUGGAAGGUUCAUCCUCAGGUUGUGCUGAUGAAGAAUUGGAGGAACAAGAUGGAGUAAAUGCAGCUGAAUCAGAGACAGAUGAGGAUUUCUAUGAUAGUGACUAUGACAUAGAAGAUGGGGAUGACGAUCUCUAUGUAAAAAAUGUUGACAAAGAAGUGGAUGAUCAUAGAGAGAAGGACACAGCUUGUGACUAUGAAGCAGAGUUAGCAGAGGAUGCUCUAGAUGAUUCACACUUACAUUUGUCCAAUGAAAAAAGGGAGAAGUUGAAGUACCACUUCAAGGGAUUUAAUCUAGAAACUGAUUUGAAUAACCCUAUUUUGAAGCUUGGACAGGUUUUUGGUAAUGUGCAGGAGCUGAGACAUGCUAUUACAUCGUAUAGCAUUAGAAACAGAGUUCAAGUGAAGAAGACAAGGAACACAUCCAAGAAAAUAAUAGCUGUGUGCAGUGGUGAGUGCCCGUGGUAUCUCAUGGCAAGCAAGGACAACAGAACAUCCAGUUUUGUUAUUAAAAAGUACUGUGAUGAGCACACUUGUACUAAAGCCUGGAAUCUCAAGGGAUUGACAGCUCCGUUUCUCACUAGAAAAUUCAAAGACAAGUUCAGGGACAAUGAGAAGAUGUCGUUGAAGAAAUUUUUAGAGAAGGUGCAAACAGAGUACAACCUCAUACCAACCAGGACAUUUGGCAUUGUGGAAGUGGAGUCAACUAGCAGUUGGGAGUGGUUUCUGGAAAGCCUAAAGGAUGACCUCAACAUAUGUAACACCUCUCCAUACACAAUUAUGAGCGACAAGCAAAAGGGUCUCAUAAAAGCUGUGGCAAAGAUAUGGCAUGAUGGUGAACACAGAUUUUGUGUCAGGCAUAUGUAUCAGAAUUCCACAAGCUUCACAAAGGUGAGCAACUAA